UUGUUGGGCUCGAAACUAUAACUUUCCCAACUUCCCCAAAUUCACCAAACUUAAAGGUGGAAAAUUGUUUCCCUCAACAACAAAUGAAAAAAACAAGGUGAAAAACUGCCACCCUUAUCUUCAAAGAGUGAAGAUAGGAAAAAAAAAAACCACAACAGGUAUGGCUUCUACCUCCUUCAGCAAAACUGCAGUAGCAGACAAGUAUUACAACAAUACUACUAUGUUGUUGGAACAUAAAAUGGGUGUUGGUAAGCGUGUAAUAAUGCUGCUGCUGAUCUUCUCCGUCGUGUUGAUGCCAGUAAGCAGUAGUACAAGUGAAAGGCAAGAGAGCGAGCCGAAACCAAAGGCAUGGCCUGAGCAAUUUCAUUCACUGAUAGUGAUGAAUAACUCCAAGACCAAUACAAUGCAGGUGAUAGAUUUAUGGUAUGAUUGGCCCAAUGGCCGCAACCUGAACCUGAUCCGAAACCAACUAGGCAAGCUCUUGUAUGACGUUGAGUGGACCAAUGGCACGUCCUACUAUUACACACUUCAUCCAGAUGUUCCUGAAUGCCGAACCCUGCAUUUCGAGGUUGGAAUACUGAGCCCCAGUUGGUUGGAAGGUGCCACCUACUUGGGUCAGCGUUAUAUUGAUGGGUUUCUGUGCAAUGUUUGGACCAAGGUAGACUUCAUUUGGUACUAUGAGGAUGUGGUAACUCAAAGGCCAGUCUACUGGAUGUUCUAUACUGGAAUGGAGUCGCAUGUGAUGACCUUCGAGUUGGGUGCAGUGCUUGAGGAUUCUAAGUGGCAGGCCCCCAUAUAUUGCUUCAACGAUGAGACUGCGAUAGAGAAAAUGGUUCAACACCCACUUGCAGCACCUGUCCUGAGACCUUCCCUGUCACUGGUUAAUAUGUAGUUCUUGUUGUCUGUUUUAAUCUUAGUUUCAUCAAGACAUCAUAAAACUUGUAAAUGCUCCUCCCUUUCUGGUGGAUGAUCCAAUAGGUGCUCCCACUGGAUUUUUUUUCACUUAUUUGCUAAAGAGUGUUGAAGCUUGCAUUGUUGCA